GGGCCCGGCGCGCGCGGAGCCAGGCGAUAUGGAGGGAGGCGCGGCGGCCGGCUGCCCCUGACGCGCCGCUCCGAGCCGGUGGUCGGCCAGCCCGCGCCGCCCGGAGCGCUGCGGCGCGGAGAUGAGCAGGUCGGCGGCGCUCCUGCUCUGCCUGCUGGGCUGCAACGUCUGGAAGGCGGUGACCAAGACGCUGCGGGAACCCGGCGCCGGAGCCCAAGAGGUCACCCUGAAGGUGCACAUCAGCGACGCCAGCACCCAUCAGCCUGUCCCCGAUGCCCUCAUUGAGAUUUUCACCAACCAGGUCUCCAUCGCCUCUGGCACCUCAGGGACAGAUGGCGUCGCCUUCCUCAAAUUCCAGUAUAAGCUGGGCAGUCAGCUGAUUGUCACCGCCACAAAGCACGCCUACGUGCCAAACUCUGCCCCGUGGAAGCCGAUCCGGUUACCCGUGUUUUCUUCGCUGAGCCUGGGCCUGCUUCCAGAACGAUCUGCUACUCUGAUGGUGUAUGAAGAUGUUGUCCAAAUAGUCUCAGGAUUCCAAGGUGCCCGGCCGCAGCCUCGCGUGCAUUUCCAGAGGAGAGCUCUGCGGCUGCCCGAGAACACCAGCUACAGUGACCUGACAGCCUUUCUCACGGCCGCCGGCUCCCCCUCGGAGGUGGAUGGCUUUCCUUAUUUGCGGGGACUAGAUGGAAACGGAACAGGAACGUGGCUGAAGAGUGGUCUCGGCCUCGUGCACCAGGAAGGCAGCCAGCUGACGUGGACAUACAUCGCCCCUCAGUUGGGGUACUGGGUGGCAGCCAUGUCUCCUCCCAACCCAGGUCCCGUUGUCACACAGGACAUCGCCACGUAUCACACGGUGUUUCUUUUGGCCAUCUUGGGAGGAAUGGCUUUCAUUCUUUUGGUUUUGCUGUGUCUCCUUUUAUAUUAUUGCAGGCGGAAGUGCUUGAAACCCCGCCAGCACCAUAGAAAACUGCAACUUCCUGCCACCCUGGAGAGUUCCAAAAGGGAUCAGUCAACUUCCAUGUCACACAUCAACCUGCUGUUUUCUCGGCGGGAAUCAGAAUUCCCUGGCCCGCUCUCCGUCACCAGCCAGGGCCGCCCCCCCGACGCCCCAGGCUCAAAGGAGCUGAUGAGCGGAGUCCAUUUAGAGAUGAUGUCUUCCAGCGGGGAGGUGGACAUGCACACGCCCAUGCUGAAGCUCUCCUACAGCACCUCGCAGGAGUUCAGCUCUCGGGAGGAACUCCUGUCUCACAAGGAGGAGGAUAAAAGCCAAAUCUCCUUUGACAACCUGACACCAAGUGGGACGUUGGGAAAAGACUACUGUAAGUCGGUGGAGAUUUUCCCCUUAAAGGCCAGGAAAUCUGUGGAAAGGGAAGGCUAUGAGUCCCCCGGCAGCAGUGACUACAGGAGGAAUUACAAUGCCAUGCUCUCGCAGCCUUUAUUUGAAAAGCAAGACAGAGACGGGCAGGCCUCCGUGACCCACAUUUCCACAGGAAGUAAGCUCACCAUUCAGGAACACAUGUACCCCGCACCUUCAUCUCCGGAGAAAGACCAGCUGAUGGAACGCAGACCUACUGAAUGUAUGAUGUCGCGAUCAGUAGACCACCUGGAGAGACCUACCUCUUUCCCGCGGCCCGGCCAGCUGAUCUGCUGUAGUUCCGUGGAUCAGGUCAAUGACAGCGUUUACAGGAAAGUAUUACCCGCCUUGGUCAUCCCGGCUCAUUACAUGAAACUCCCAGGGGACCAUUCGUAUGUGGGCCAGCCCCUGGUUGUCCCAGCCGACCAGCAGCUCGAGAUCGAGAGACUGCAGGCCGAGCUCUCCAGCCCUCACGCGGGGAUCUUCCCACACGCCUCCUCACAGAUCCAGGCCCAGCCCUUAUCUUGCCAGGCCAUCUCGCAGCAGCACCUACAGGACGCGGGCACCCGGGAGUGGACCCCGCAGAAUGCGUCCAUGUCCGAGUCCCUCUCCAUCCCAGCAUCCCUGAACGACGCGGCCUUGGCUCAGAUGAACAGCGAGGUUCAGCUACUGACCGAAAAGGCGCUGUUGGAACUUGGGGGUGGGAAGCCCCUUCCCCACCCCCGGGCCUGGUUCGUGUCCCUGGACGGCCGGUCCAAUGCACACGUCAGACAUUCCUACAUUGAUCUCCAAAGAGCUGGGAGGAACGGGAGCAAUGAUGCCAGUUUGGAUUCUGGCGUGGAUAUGAAUGAACCCAAAUCUGCUCGAAAGGGAAGAGGAGACCCCUUGUCUCUGCCACAGAACCGCCCACCAGUCCAGGAGCAUGCGCAGAAAGAGCCGCGGGCCGCGGACAGCUCGGCCUACACGCAGCUCGUGUACCUGGACGACAUGGACCAGAGCGGCAGCGAGGGCGGCACCGCGGUCGGGACGCCCGAGGACAGUGCCCUGCGGUGCCUGCUGGACAGCUCCAGCCGGAGAAGCGGCGGCCAGCUGCCCAGCCUGCAGGAGGAGACGACGAAACGAACCUCCGACGUACCCCCGGCGCCAUCGGCCAGUCCCGACAAGAGGCGAUCCGCUCAGGAGGACGACGACGACGAAGAUGAUGAGGACGACCAGGGCGAAGGCAAGAAGAGCCCGUGGCAGAAACGGGAGGAGCGACCCCUGAUGGCGUUCAACAUCAAAUGAGCGGCCCCGAGCCGCCCAACAGGGGGACUAGAAUCCAGUUGCCAAAAAUUCUUUCUUACGGAAGCGCUGACCUGUUUGCGGAGGAAGUGGAACCACGUCCGCCGUGGGAAGUGGACAUUUUUCUGCAGUUACUGUCAAAGUGUUUGGAAGUAAAGUUCUUACUCAGAAGAAAGAAUGCGUCGCCUCCAGGGAGAUGGCCGAACGGAGUGUCAGAAUGUACGCGUCGUUCCCCGUACUUGAUGUGUCCACCCCCGAGGACACCAAAAAACCUCACGUGAUGUCGCUGAGUUCUGAUGAUAACCUCAGUUCUCCCGCAGAUUAUGGGAACAGAUGAGACUCUUUUUGCAUUGCUUGAAUCCAUUCUAUCACAAUAAUGCUCCUGUGAAGUUAUUAUUGAGAAAUUAGCUUGGCACUUAGUGUCUGGAGGUAUGCAUUAUCUCAAAGGAAAACUAUGCAUCGCUGCUUCGUGGUCUUACUUUGCUUAGAUUGUUGCUUUGGCUAGGUUUCGUUUCCGAUUUGCUUUUGUUAAACACACACACACACAUACACACACACACACAAUUUGGUUGUAAGGAAUUUAUUCCUUCGUUUUCACCUGGUCUGCUUCUUGGUGGUUUAUUUCGGUAUCUCCUUUCAGGAACUUCUGAGUGUCACCUCUGAACAUCCAAGCCUCUUAAUGAAAUCGUACUGAAGUUUUUAUCAGCUGCCAGUCCUUCACUUCUGGUCCCAUUAACUCCAAGUGCCUUUUUUACAGUGACAACAGACAGUCCCUUACUUUGCUUUUUUUCGUUUGUUUUUCUUAACUUCUUUAAUUGAACUGCCUGGAUUUUAUAAAGUUAUGAAAUGAUCCCCCCUUUCUUUCAACUGCAUGCCGCCAAGUGCCCAUUCGUGCUCCGAAUUCUCACUUCAGCUCAGUGUAUUCUGUCGUUCUCACAUGUGACGUGGAUUCUGUUUAGCUAAGCUAGCCUAGAGGACACUUUAGCGAUCCCCUUCCCUCCGCCAUCCUUUUGGCCACUAGGCACCAUUAUGGUUUUAUUGGCUGUUUGUAUAUAUGGUUAUGUAUUAACUCUGGAAUCCUAUGGGCUGAUCUUGCUUACCAAACACAAGAGUAUGGGCUGAGCAAGUAGACUGAAUGUGACUAUUAAACAAAUCUUAUGUACUAUCCAAAAGUGCCAGAAUGACUCUUCUGUGCAUUCUUAAAGAGCUGCUUGGUUAUCCAAAAAUGAAAACUCAGAAUAAACUCUUAA